UUUCCCUCUCUCUCCUUCUUCUGCCUGUCGUGUUCCCACACUUCGUCAUCGUCAUCACUGAAAUCAUACUGAUCGCAUCCGUCCCCACUACCCGACUUCUACUUCUAUCAUCACAAUGGGUGUCCUCGAGCAGCUCUCCCGCAAGGCCGGUGUCAUCGUCGGUGACGACGUUCUCCGUCUCUUCGAAUAUGCCCAGCAGAACAAGUUCGCCAUCCCCGCCAUCAACGUGACCUCCUCUUCCACCGUCAUCUCUUCUCUCGAGGCUGCUCGUGACAAGAACUGCCCCAUCGUCCUGCAGGUCUCUCAGGGUGGUGCCGCUUUCUUCGCCGGAAAGGGUGUCAGCAACGACGGCCAGGCCGCUUCCAUUGCCGGUGGUAUCGCCGCUGCCCACUUCAUCCGCAGCGUUGCCCCCAUCUACGGCAUCCCCGUUGUCCUUCACACCGACCACUGCGCCAAGAAGCUCCUCCCCUGGUUGGACGGUCUCCUUGACGAGGAUGAGCGCUACUUCAAGCUCCACGGCGAGCCCCUCUACUCCAGCCACAUGAUCGAUCUGUCUGAGGAGCCCGUCGACUACAACAUCAACACUACCGCCGCCUACCUCAAGCGUGCCGCCCCCAUGAAGCAGUGGCUCGAGAUGGAAAUCGGUAUCACCGGUGGUGAGGAGGAUGGUGUCAACAACGAGGACGUUGACAACAACUCGCUGUACACCCAGCCCGAGGACAUCCUCGCCAUCCACAACGCUCUCUCCGCCGUCAGCCCCUACUUCUCCAUUGCCGCUGGUUUCGGUAAUGUGCACGGUGUCUACAAGCCCGGCAACGUCCGCCUGCACCCCGAGCUCCUCUCCAAGCACCAGGCCUACGUCCAGGAGAAGACCGGCUCCAAGAAGGACAAGCCCGUCUUCUUCGUCUUCCACGGUGGCUCCGGCUCCUCCAAGGCCGAGUACAAGGAGGCCAUCGGCUACGGUGUCGUCAAGGUCAACCUUGACACCGACAUGCAGUACGCCUACCUGACCGGUGUCCGUGACUACGUCCUCGGCAAGAAGGACUACCUCAUGAGCACCGUCGGUAACCCCGACGGCGAGGACAAGCCCAACAAGAAGUUCUUCGACCCCCGCGUGUGGGUUCGCGAGGGUGAGAAGACCAUGAGCAAGCGUGUCCAGGUUGCUCUGGAGGACUUCAACACUGCUGGCCAGCUGUAAAUGUCUUUCUAAAAUCUUUUUCUUUUCUUUUCUGUUCGAUUUGAUGUCUGCCGAUAUGACGAAUUCAGAUACCAGUACAUAAAUUGAUAAAAUUCGAAGGACACCAACAACCAAAAUGAUGUGGUCAUUGUAAAGCCCGGGUCGAUCUGUGUGAUUUGGAUACUGCAUGGAUAUGACAGGGUCGGAGUUGGCGUGGCUGGCGUGGCUGUUGACUGAUAAUGACGAUGUAUGUAGUAUGGAGAUGAAAAUACACUAAUGGGGCCUUGUCCAAACAACCACCAGCACACCAAC